AGACGCCCCGGAUCCCAGAUGGGGGCGAUGGCGCCGCGCACGCUGCUCCUGCUGCUGGCGGCUGCCCUGGCCCCGACCCAGACCCAGGCAGGCUCACACUCCAUGAGGUAUUUCGAAACCUCCGUUUCCCGGCCGGGCCUUGGGGAGCCCCGGUUCAUUAUUGUCGGUUACGUGGACGACACGCAGUUCGUGCGCUUCGACAGCGACGCGGAGACUCCGAGGAUGGAGCCGCGGGCGCCUUGGAUGGAGCAGGAGGGGCCGGAGUAUUGGGAGCGGGAGACACAGAGAGCCAAGGGCAAUGAGCAGAGUUUCCAUGUGAGCCUGAGGACCCUGCUCGGCUACUACAACCAGAGCGAGAGCGGCUCUCACACGAUCCAGUGGAUGUAUGGCUGUAAAGUGGGGUCCGACGGGCGCUUCCUCCGCGGGUACCUGCAAUACGCAUACGACGGCCGCGAUUACAUUGCCCUGAACGAAGACCUGAAAACGUGGACGGCAGCGGACGUGGCGGCGAUUAUCACCCGACGCAAGUGGGAGCAGGCUGGUGCUGCAGAGUAUUACAGGGCCUACCUGGAGGCCGAGUGCGUGGAGUGGCUCCUCAGAUACCUGGAGCUCGGGAAGGAGACGCUGCUGCGCACAGAUCCCCCAAAGACACAUGUGACCCAUCACCCAGGAUCUGAAGGUGAUGUCACCCUGAGGUGUUGGGCCCUGGGCUUCUACCCUGCUGACAUCACCCUGACCUGGCAGUUGAAUGGGGAGGAGCUGACCCAGGACAUGGAACUGGUGGAGACCAGGCCUGCAGGGGAUGGAACCUUCCAGAAGUGGGCAUCUGUGGUGGUGCCUCUUGGGAAGGAGCAGAAUUACACAUGCCAUGUGUACCAUGAGGGGCUGCCUGAGCCCCUCACCCUGAGAUGGGAACCUCCUCCUUCCACUGACUCUAUCAUGUCACACAUUGCUGAUCUGCUGUGGCCAUCAUUAAAGCUCUGGUGGUAUUUGUGAUGAAGAGAAGGAGAAACACAGGUAGAAAAAGAGGGGACUAUGCUCCCGCUCCAGUGUGAAGACACCUGACUGGAGUGGACUGAGUGACAACCAGUGUGUUCAGGUCUCUCCUGUGACAUCCAGAGCCCUCAGUUCUCUUUAGACAACAGUGUCUGAUGUUCUCUGUGUUCCUGUGGGCUCAAUGUGAAGAACUGUGUAGCCCAGCCUGCCCUGCACACCAGGACCCUGUCCCUGCAUUGCUUGCUCCCUUCUACAGUCAGCCUUCCAACUCCAGCCAAACACUGGGAGACAUCUGCAUCCUGUGAGCUCCACGCUACCCUAAGCUGCAGCUCCUCACUUCCACACUGAGAAUAAGAAUCUGGAUGUGAACUUUAUUGUUCAUAUCCUUGAUCUGAGGGUUGAUUGACAGGUAAACUAAAGAAUUAAGAAUACUUAGAGUUUGUGGAGGAAAUAAAUGGCAGAUGGAGAACCUUCCAG